CAGCGUCCCGCGACCCCUUGCUUUAAGCGCAUUGGGAAAGCCAAGCCAGAGGGUCACCACUUCGCUCGUGGCCUAUAGACUUUCGGACACUCUUCUACGUAUCCUUUCUGUUCACCUGUUAUCACUGUUCCUUCCGACCUUCAAUCUCUGUGUUGUCUGAGCUGCCGCGCAGAUCAUAUAUUGUCGAGCUCUCCAAAUGCUCCAUUCGGUUUCUCCAGCUGUUCACGUAUGAGCUGUGUCGUGUGCCAGCUAGCAUAACCUGCCCGCCCCCUCCUGGGGCUACGAAGCAAUUUCGAGAUGCUACGACUUCGACGCUACCGGGUGUUCCUCGUCUUUGCAGUUCUAUUCGUUCUCUUCAUUUUCCAUUUGAGGAGAACGAGCGAUUGGUCGCAUCCCGCGCACAUUCAAGAUUAUGAUUCUCCUCAACACCAGCAGCCUGCACACGACAAUGUCGGCACAUCCCCAGCCAAAACACCUCCGCCUGGAGUAACCAAGGAGAGCUCCAAGGAAGCUCUUCUCCACUCAUCUACGCAGAUUCUAGCCUCCAAAAAUGUCCCGACCACCUUGAGUGCAGCUCUUGCAAAGUCCCCGACUGUGAAACCCCAAGAACCAGUACCGCAGGUGGUCUUACCAGAUAGAAAGCCAGUGCCACCGACAAAGGUCAAUGGGUUUGAGGUGGAAGAUGACAUUCAUGCGGUCUCUCCACCAGGGAGACAGGAAUACCCUACCUUCUCCGCAGAAGCGGUUCCAACUAUACACUGGGAGAAGCAGAAAGAGCAUUUCCCAGUAGCUGCAGCAUCUCUCAUCCAACUGCCAACAGGAGCACCUAUCAAGAUACCAAGAAUUCAACACAAGUUCAACGACGAGACUCCAGACGCUAAGAUAAAUCGGGAGAAACGGCAAUGGAAGGUUAAGGACGAAUUCAAGAAGGCAUGGACAGGCUACAGGUCAAAGGCAUGGCUCCACGACGAGCUAUCACCAGUUUCGGGAAAGUUUCGUGAUCCUUUCUGUGGCUGGGCAGCAACUUUGGUUGAUACAUUGGAUACACUAUGGAUAAUGGGUUUGCAUGAUGAGUUUGAAGAAGCGGCAAAAGCCGUGGAUUUAAUUGACUUUACUACCAGCCCAAGAGGUGAUAUUCCGAUGUUCGAAACAACCAUCAGAUAUCUAGGUGGCCUCGUAGCGGCCUACGAUGUUAGCGGUGCUAAGUACAAGAAUUUGCUGGACAAAGCUGUGGAACUAGCCGAGAUAUUAAUAGGAGCUUUCGAUACACCAAACAGGAUGCCAGUGUUAUAUUACCACUGGAUGCCAACCUUUGCAUCCCAGCCUCAUCGAGCCAGUACUCGUUCAAAUCUAGCAGAGCUUGGAUCCUUGUCCAUGGAAUUCACAAGGCUGGCCCAAUUAACUCAGGAACCGAAGUACUACGAUGCUGUGGCUCGAGUUACAAAUGCAUUAGCUGAUUUCCAAAAUCGGGGAACAAAACUCGACGGAGUCUUCCCUGAUAAUAUCGAUGCUUCAGGUUGUAAUCGGACUAUGCCAUCUUUGCCGCAAUUGCCGGUAGCUGUCAUGACACAAGAACGUCCAAUUUCCACAGAACCUCCAGUUGGAUACCAACCUCUCAGCCCUGAUCCGGUUCCUGAGCCUGUUCCCAAAAAGGCUAGCCCCAAAGAUGAACCAUUUGGACCUGGUACUCUCGAGGUACAGGUAUCACCAGGCGAGGCGAGUAAAGCCCGUAUCGUCGGCUGGGACGAGUCAAAUGCUUUCGGAAGCUCCAAGCGCAAGAGAAACGCUGUGGGAGAAGUACCGGCUGGAAAUAGAACCUCCCCCACGCCUACUGUCGAUUCCGUCACUGGGUUGCCCCUCGACAUCCCUGCGGCAAAAGCGAAGAUAGGUGCUGGUGUUGGUGAUUGGGACUGCGUAGAACAAGGACUUGAAUCAUACACGUCAAAGUAUGGUAUUGAUAAAUUCUCCAUGGGUGGCGGACAAGACUCAACCUACGAGUACUUUCCCAAGCAAUACCUACUUCUUGGUGGCCGCGAGGACACUUACCGCAAAAUGUAUAUCAAGACUGUUGAUGCCAUACGGAAGUGGAUGCUUUAUCGCCCCAUGCUUCCAGAUAACAACGAUAUUCUCUUUUCAGGAUCUGUUACAACAUACGGCGACCCUGCCACGGAUCUUACUUUGGCUGCAGAAGUGGAACAUUUGACCUGUUUCAUUGGUGGGAUGAUCGGUAUGGGAGCACAGAUCUUCGGAAUUGAUGGUGAUCUUGAGCUUGCCAAAAAGCUUGCUGAUGGAUGUGUCUGGGCAUAUGGAGCCACGAAGACUGGAAUCAUGCCAGAAGGUGCGGUCGUUAUUCCUUGCAAAAGUACUGAGCAUUGCCUCUGGAAUGAGACAAUCUACCAGGAAUACCUGGACCCUCUAGGCUACCAGAGAGACAAGAAUGUUGCUGAGUAUGAAGUAAAUAAGAAGAACCGGGAGGCAGAGUCGGAAGCUGCGAAGCAACAACCACCUGUCUCCCAGCAACCUCUAGAUGAGAUUCUACCGCCUGAAGGCGCUGGGCACGUCUUCAAUUCGUCCGAUCCCGCCAGAGAUACUGAUUCUGUGGAGAAAACCGCUCCAGUUUCAUUGCAGAAGCGUCAGACUUCUCUCAAGGAUGAUUUGCCACCGCCGGUGACCCACAGUUCCAAAGAUGACACUUCUGCGGUCAAAGGAGACGCUGCAAAGGUGCAGACUGUUCCUGCAUCAGUCCCCAAGACUUUGACACCCGAUGAGAUGUAUUACGAGGCGAAGUCUAAUGUCGCGGAAUCUGAAUUAGAGAACAUAGCGACCACUGCCGGCCAUCAACUUGAAAAGCCUGUCACAGACGGCCAGUCUCCAGUUGCACCAGGCGAAGGCAACAUAAUAGGUCCUUUGAUAGAUCCCAUGAGACCCCUCACCCACAAAGAAUAUGUGUCGCAACGGAUAACUCAAGAGGGUCUCCCCCCUGGAUUCGUGUCUUUCAAGUCCAAGAAGUACAUCUUGAGACCGGAAGCAAUCGAAUCAGUGUGGUACAUGUACCGUAUUACUGGCGAUUCGACCUGGCAAGAUAAGGGAUGGGAGAUGUUCAAGGCAAUCAUAAACGCCACAUCGACGGAACAUGGCCAUUCAGCAAUAUAUGAUGUAACCUUGGAUGACCCUGUUCAGGUUGAUGAGAUGGAGAGCUUCUGGCUGGCAGAAACUCUCAAGUACUUCUACCUGCUCUACUCAACACCGGACACGAUCAGUUUGGAUGACUGGGUUUUGAAUACGGAAGCUCAUCCAUUCAGAAGGCCGAUUGGAGUCUAAAAUGCUGUGAUUGUACGCUAGCGAAAGCUUACCAUUUUUUGGUUUGGAAACUUUGCAUAGGAGUUCUGGUUAGAGCUGCUUGUCUUGAUCGCCCAGCGUGGCUGGCAAGCAUUGAAGGUUUGAAACCCAAGCAUGUACCGGGCGUUCGGAGCAUAAAUUCCACAUAGAGACUACUUUGAGG